AUGCCCGUCCCGCCUCUCCCGCUCGAACUCGUCCGCCUCAUCCUCUCCUUCGCUGCGGCCAGUCUUCCCAAAGUCGAGCGUCGCGAGAACUGUCUCGCAUUUGCCCAGGUCUGCAAGGCGGGCUUGGCAGCGGAACCGGUCGAGGAGGACACAUCGCUCGACAACCAGGUUGCGACGCUUCGAUUGCGCGUGACUGGGCUGAAGUCGGCCAACAGCGCCCAGAGCGCAGAAAUGGAGAUUAUGCAGACAAACAUGGCGAGCGUGCAGGCGAAAGUCGACGAGAUGAUCGCCGAGCGACAACCCGCGUUAGUAAUCGAGAUGUGCAAAGCUGCUUUGGAAGCUUUAAUCCUCGACAACGCCCUCGUACGCUCUGACACGAAAGAGGAGAUCAAGGAGGCGCAGAGGCGACUCAAGAAACUUGCGCGUGACAACUGGCUCGAGCUUCCCAAGGCCAUCAAGGACAACAUCCAGGACUUUCCGUCUUUCGAUGUCGAGUUCAUCGACUUCAUUCAGAACGUCUCGCUCGACCCUCCGCCUGCCGAUCCCGUCCUGCUUGCCAUUGCUCGCCUGACCAAGACGGACUGGCUGAUCGACCUGAACGACACGAGGAACGAAGGCGCCCACCCGCACGGGACCGUUGCCCAGACAGAAAACGUCCUGCAGCGCGCCGGUCUCGCCUCAUCUGCCGCCAAGGUUGUCCUCAAGCGCUUGCCAAACCACCGCUUCAGCAAGACACAGCCCAUCGACCCGACGGGCUUGCUCAAUGAGCUUAGCCAAGAGUGGCACGUCUGUGCGGUACGUUCUCAUCUCUCUCGCUUGUGCGCGAGCUCCCGACUGACGCUUUUCCUUUCGCAGCUCUGA